AAUGAUGUCGUUCCCUCCCUCCAUCCAUCUGCUCCCUCCUCCUGAAGCCUAAAAUAAAAAGCGACACACAACGCCGCGCCGAGUAGGAUGAGACGCGUCCCGGGACGUUACAGGGGAACUUCACUGUCUGCAAAAUAGUUUUCUUUCAUCACCUCCAUCUAUCAACAUGAGAGAGUGCAUCUCCAUCCACGUAGGCCAGGCAGGCGUUCAGACUGGAAAUGCAUGCUGGGAGCUGUUCUGCCUGGAGCAUGGUGUCGGUCCUGAUGGCGUUUUCCUGAACGGUCCUGUAGCUCCGAAUUGCCGUGAAGAUCCGUUCAACACUUUCUUCAACACUGGGAGUUUUGGUCGUCACGUUCCCAGAGCGCUCUUCGUCGACCUGGAGCCCACAGUGAUCGACGAAGUGAGGGUUGGGAAGUACAGAGAGCUCUUCCAUCCUGAGCAGCUGAUCUCUGGAAAGGAGGACGCAGCCAACAACUACGCUCGAGGACAUUACACCGUCGGGAAGGAGAUCAUCGAUGGAGUCAUGGAGCGCGUCCGGAAAAUGACGGAUCAGUGCACAGGCCUGCAGGGUUUCCUCGUCUUUCACAGCUUUGGAGGGGGCACUGGCUCCGGCUUCACCUCCCUCCUAAUGGAGCGUCUCUCACUGGACUACGGCAAAAAAUCCAAGCUGGAGUUUGCCGUCUACCCAGCGCCCCAGGUUUCCACUGCGGUGGUGGAACCCUACAACGCCAUCCUGACCACCCACACCACCUUGGAGCACUCUGACUGUGCCUUCAUGGUGGACAACGAGGCAAUCUACGACAUCUGCCACCGUAAUAUGGACAUCGAGACUCCCGGUUACAUCAACCUCAACAGGCUGAUCGGUCAGAUCGUUUCCUCAAUCACCGCCUCGCUUCGCUUUGAUGGGGCUCUCAACGUUGACCUGACGGAGUUCCAGACCAACUUGGUCCCGUUUCCACGCGUCCACUUCCCGCUGGUUACCUACUCGCCCAUCAUCUCGGCUGAGAAGGCCUAUCACGAGCAGCUGACAGUGGCGGAGAUCACCAGCUCCUGCUUCGAACCAACCAAUCAGAUGGUGAAGUGUGACCCUCGUCGCGGCAAGUACAUGGCGUGCUGCAUGCUGUACAGAGGGGAUGUUGUCCCAAAGGAUGUGAACGCCGCCAUAGCUAGUAUAAAGACCAGACGCUCCAUCCAGUUUGUUGACUGGUGCCCCACUGGCUUUAAGGUGGGCAUUAAUUACCAGCCUCCGACUGCGGUGCCCGGCGGAGACCUGGCCAGUGUCCAAAGGGCGGUGUGCAUGCUGAGCAACACCACCGCCAUCGCAGAGGCCUGGUCCCGCCUCGACCACAAGUUCGACCUCAUGUACGCCAAGCGUGCGUUCGUUCACUGGUACGUGGGCGAAGGCAUGGAGGAGGGGGAGUUUGCAGAAGCCAGAGAGGACCUUGCCUGUUUGGAAAAAGAUUACGAAGAACUGGGUCGGAUGAGCUCCGACUCUGAAGAUGAAGAAGUUUAAUAUCCAGAUAUUUCUAAAUAUUUUCCAAGCUGGAGCUAAAUAGAAACUAUUAGAGCCUUGUAGAGUAUUACUUUUCCAAGCCUGUUGUUUGAGAAGGCACAAAAUGAAACCGGAUUUUAAAUGUACUUUGAAAUUAACUGAAAUUAAAUUUGUUUUGCAGGAACACAAUUAAAUGCUGCUUAAGUAAGGUGCUAGCUUCAUCAUUUACUUCUAAUCCCACUAUUGUAAGUCUCAUUCAGAAAUUCUAGAAAACUUAAACUAAAACCACACAAGAUACUUCAUAGUUUAAAACCUACAACACUGUUACACAUUACUUUGGUAUUAAAUCUGUUUUUUGAGGGGGAAAGUAUGUACUACCUCUCUUUUUUAAUUUCUUCUUUUUGCUUUUAUAUCACAUUUAAAUUGUCAAACAAGUUUAAUUUUAGACUAAUUCAACUUAAAUGGAUACAAAAAGUUAUUUUUAAUGAAUUUAUUUAUUGACGAUGGAAAAAAUCUCUUAACUCCGCUUAACUGCCACGGCUAAGACGUUAAUGCAAAAGCAGUAUCUCUUGUGAUAAGAAGAUUUAAAAAUACAUCCACCUUAUAGCUUCUUACUCUUUCUUCUAGAUCAAGAGUUUCCAAAAUUUUUCAAUACAGCCCCAUAAACACAAUUAGCUUCUGGGGGAUCACCACUUUUUGCAAACCCACAGACAGUGCUGCAGAAUAUUUAAAGAAAUAGGAACUUUUCUCAUAUAUAUUUCCUAUUCAAUAACUAUUACAUUAAUUUAACAUAAAUGCUGCCUCAUACCUUCUAAUUUUAGUUGGUCAUGAGUUCUUACUGUUUUUGCAGAUAGACCUUUCCAUUUCGCGCUUGCUAGCUUAACGAGCAAAGCAGCUUGAAACUUUAACUGGCAGCCAAUCAGAGAUGAGAACGGUAAACAUUUAAAUAAAUUAUUUUAAUUUAUGUUUUUUAAUUUUUUAAAAAUAGAUUAUAUUUUAAGCUAAAAAUAUUAUUAAGAAUUUGUGAUUAAAAAAAUCAAAUUUUUCUGUUUCCCUCUAGCUUUCUGAGGUACCCUAUCGCCCUCUGGUGGCUUCCAUUUUAAAAACACCAUUCUAGACAUGACCAUUCUCAUUUAAACAAGAGCAUAUUUUGGUUUUGACUAUAUUUAAAACUUGUUAAAUCAAUACCAAAAAACAUUAGUUAAAAAGAGAAUGUUUCUUGUUAUGAUCAGUUUUAUGUCACAGUUUCCUCUUUUAACAGAAAAGGAAACUUUUGUUUAAAAAAAAGUUAUACUGCUCCUUUUUUUUCCUAGCUGUGGGUGUUAAAUGCUUCCCUUGUUUCUUUUCUUCUUUCUUUAUUGUUUAUUUUCAUGGGGACAAGUGGUAAGUAUUAACAACAACAUUUGUAGGUGUGAUGUGAUUUACUAGUUUAUACUUUAAAAGAUAAUAAAUUAUAAAAUCUCAUACAUAACAUAGAUUUUAAGAUUAAAUUUAAACAAACCAUAAUGAAAAAAGAGCAGUAAUUUCUCCCUUAUCUAGUUUGGUUAUGAUUAUUGGUUAUGGCACCCUGCUUUUAGGUGUUUUCAGUAAGUGGCGAUGAGUCUUUUUUUUUACAUUUGUGUGGUGGGAUUUGAUACUCCCUGUUUGGUAAAUUUGUUGCAUUUCAGCUGGAUUGGAGAGUUUUUGGGUAUGAGCAAUCUGUUUCAGAUGAUUCCACAUCUUGACACUCGAAUUUGCGACUUAUAUUUUGGUUUUUGUUGGCUUUAGAUCAUUGUGUUGCUGCUUAACCAAAGUAUGUUUGAGGUUAUAGUCUUGUACUGAUGGCCAGCCAUUCUCCUGGGGGAUUUACAUUUUUAUCUUUCAUGGUUCUGCCAUUACACCUGACCCUCAGACCAUUACACUACUUGUCCUACUGUCUGUACAAUUUUCUUUUUCUAACAUGUUGUCUUAGUUUUAUACCAGAUGUAAUUGAAUACACACUUUCCAAAAAGUCCCUUCUUGGUUUUCUUGGUCAUCUUAGCAUUUUCCCCACAAAAACCUUUUGUGAAUUAACAAGGCAGAGUUUCAGAUGGGCCUUUGUGUUCUUUAUAGGCAGCAGAAGAUUUUCCCUUCAUACUUUCCCAUGGAUGUAGUGUUUGUUCAGUUCACCCAAUCACAGCAAGUCAUUAAAAAGCAGCAAUGCAACCCCAAACCAUCACUGCUAUCACAUUUACCUGUUGUUAUGGUGUUAUUUAUCUGAAAGUCUGUGGUAGUUUUGUGCCAGAUGUGAUAAGAAACCCACUUUCCAGAAAGAUCCACUGUGUGGACAUUUGGGAGGAUUUACAAUGGGACAUUUAGGAGGAUUUAAUAUGGGACAUUUGGGACGAUUUAAUAUGGGACAUUUGGGAGGAUUUAACAUGGGAUAUUUAGGAAGAUUUAACAUGGGACAUUUGGGAGGAAUGUGUGCAGAUGGUGAGCUCUGACCUGAACAUAAUGGAAUCAGUCUGAAAGGACAGGAAGAGACUGACUGAAUCCACUGAGCUGACUCUUUUGAUAUGUUUGACAAGUCACAAGAAAGACUCAAUCAGUUUGGUGGUUCUUUUAAACUCAUCAUUAUUAUGAACUUUUUUAUUUUUAAUCAAAUAACACACACAAAAUAAAGUCCUGUCAAAUUACAGGAAGUCUUGUGUACAUUCAUGAAAUAUCUUGUGUGUUUAAGCCAACCAACUGCUUUGUAACUGGAAAACAUGUCUGUGGUUGUUCUGCUGUUCGGCGGCAGAUGUUUCCAACCGUUUGUGAGGAACAACCAAUCAAACUUCCCACUCUGGCUAUUUAAACAACGAGUCCCGGCCAGCCUCUGAGGUAUCACCUGCUCAAGAUCCAUCCGCGAGAAUGUAAACAUAUAACAUCUUUUUUUAUUAUUCAAAUUACUUGUAUCCCAAUGCAUGUGUUUUAAUUACCUCCCUUUAUGAAUCGAUACGCCAUUACUGUGUGUUGUCACCAGCUGCCAGUUUCAGGUUAUUGACGAAGUGGAGGAAAAGUUGGGAGUCGUUACAUCUGCUGGUGUAUUACAUAGAUUUUACACUCAUGAAAAGGCGUCGCCUGGUUGGCUGAUCGUGUAAUGACGAAAAUCAAGAAUCCACAGGAAACAAUCUACCAUCCAAACUGUAUCCAAGUAAAAAAUGUGUGUAAAAAUAUCCAUUUGAAGUACUAAGGUCAUGUGAACACAUCUUGAAUGAUGUACAUGUUUUAAAAGUGAAAGUAGAGUAAAGCCACGAUGCAUAAUUUCAAUUAAACAUAUUUUUUAUUACUCAGUAAUAAAGCCACUUUGUAAUUCAAAAUAAAAAAACAUUUGUAUUA